AUGGCUUUUGCUGGUAAGAACGCUUCUAUGGCUGUUGCCAAUGCUUUGAGACUCAGUGCUUCAAGAAAUAGCAGCUCUGCCCCUAAAGUAGCUCUUCUUGGAGCAUCUGGAGGAAUUGGACAACCUCUCGGUCUUCUUCUCAAGCAAGACCCUCUGGUUAAGCACCUCGCUCUUUACGACGUUGUCGGAACCCCAGGAGUCGCCGCUGAUCUUUCCCACAUCGAUUCAAACGCUAAGGUUACCGCACACACUGGACCAAAUGAGCUUGCCGCUUGUGUUGAAGGAGCCGAUGUCAUCGUUAUUCCAGCUGGAGUCCCCAGAAAGCCAGGAAUGACUCGUGAUGAUCUCUUCAACACCAACGCCGGAAUCGUCAGAGACUUGGUUUCUACCAUCGCUAAGGUCGCCCCAAAGGCCUUCAUUGCUAUCAUUACCAACCCAAUUAACUCCACAGUCCCAAUUGCUGCUGAAGUUCUCAAGAAGGCUGGAGUUUAUGAUAAGCGCCGUGUAUUCGGAGUAACCACCCUCGAUGUUGUCCGCUCUCAAGCUUUCGUAUCUGAACUUAAGGGUCUUGAUGCAUCCGAGACAGUUGUCCCCGUUGUCGGAGGACAUGCCGGAAUCACUAUCAUCCCCCUUCUCUCUCAAACCACCCCUUCUGUCAAAUUCAGCGAAGAAGAAAUCAAGAAGCUCACUCCAAGAAUUCAAGAUGCCGGAACUGAGGUCGUCAACGCUAAGGCUGGAGCUGGAUCUGCUACUCUCUCCAUGGCUUUGGCCGGAGCUCGUUUUGCCAACUCCCUCGUCCGUGGGCUUAAGGGAGACAAGAACGUCCAAUGUGCCUACGUCGCUUCUGAUGCCGUAAAGGGUGUUGAAUUCUUCUCUACCCCAAUCGAACUCGGACCUAAUGGAGUUGAAAAAAUCUUGGGAGUUGGAAAGGUCACUCCAUACGAACAAAGUCUCAUUGAUGCUUCCGUUCCUGAAUUGAACAAGAACAUCGCUAAGGGAGUCAAGUUUGUCAACUAA